AAGAAGUUUGGGAAAGCUCUCAAUAAUUGGAGUUGGAACACCUUUACUAACAUUAUCAAUGGGGUUGAAAAGGCUGAGAAGGAAGUACAGGCAGUGGAGAAGGCAAAUCUACUUGGACAGGUGGAUGAGGCUUCCCUUUUGGAGGCCAAUGAGAAGUUACUAACAACAUUGGAUAUGCAAGAACAACUUCUCAAACAGAAAGUAGCUAAAAUAAAGUUCUCUGAUGGUGAAAAAAAUACUAUGUAUUACCAUGCUUGUAUCAACUAUCGAAGUAAGUUCAAAACAAUUCAUUCUAUUAAAGGUAAACAAGGCAAGUGGAUUAAAGAUGAAGAUGGGAUUGCUGCCAGUACUGUUGAAUACUGUCAACAACUAAUGCAUAGGACCAACAACAAAAAAAGAAAGGUAGACUCAAAUCUCUUCAUAUCUGAUCAUGAUUUAACUACAAGUAUACAACUAGCUAAAGUCCCAGAUGAGGAGGAAAUUAAACAAGCCCUUGAUUCCAUAGACAACUUCAAAGCUGCAGGUCCUGAUGGAUUUACAGCUGAUUUCUACAAAAAAGCAUGGGAGAAAAUCAAGGAGGAU